AUGCCCACGGGCGUCAAGAAGGUUCUCCACGAGCUCGAUCUUGACAGCACAGGAAUUGUUGACGAAAAGAAUCUGGAAGACUCUCUGAGGUGCCUGAAGCAUUUGAAGAAUGGCCUGGACACGGAUGGAAGUGGGCAUGUCAGCAAUGCAGAAAUGGAGGAUGGAGUUGCGCUCCUGACUAAGCUGAUGAAGGAGAAAUCCCAAAAUUCAUCGGAGAUGCCAUACAAGCACCUCCCUGAGUGCAUCCAGGAAGUGAUGCGCGAAUGGGACGCUGAUGGAAGUGGCAUGGUGGGUGUUUCCGAGCUGUCUGCUGCGGCUCACGCCUACAAGAAGGUCCAGCAAGAGGGUCGAAUGAUGAAAAAGAUCAUCCUUGGAUUGAGCAUGGUCAUCCUCUUGCUGAUGAUUGGCAUGUUCAUUCUAUCAUACGCUGCUGCUGAAAUGGCGAAGGAGAUGCGAGGUGAUGGGGAUGCUAUCAUGGCCAACUCGCAAGGCAUGGUCGUCAAGGUUGCAAGCUCAGACUUCGAGAUGACUGCCGACGGAACGCUGAUCAUUCGCGGAGCUGGCUCAGCCAAUGCUUCCUGCCCGGCGAACCAAACAUGCCGGCGGCUGCAGGGAAAAGACAGCAAGCUCCAAGUCGCAAAUUCCGAGACGCCCCGACGCUUGUCUUCUACGCUUCCAGAUGCCUCCUUCAAAGAGCUGAAGUCUUUGACCUUGAAAGACAACUUGGGUCACGCCUUGAAGGUCACCAUCACAAGCUUUCAGCGCCUCUCCCUGCGUUCUUCCAAGUGCGGAUCGGUCAUUCAUCUGAAUGGCGAUCAUGGCCGUCUGACUUUGGAUGAUUAUGACAUGACGGCCGACCCGGCUAUGGAGGCCUACGUCAAAGAUGCAGGUAUGGAGGGUCUCUUCGAGGACGGUCCCAUCUCUGGGUUCGGAAGAAGGCUCAGCUCAACCGAUGGCCUUCUCGAAGGCUUUUUCAAUAUGCUUGAAGACAUUGAGUGGGCCUGCGAGUCCGUCGAUCUGCCAAAUCCGAACGACAUGCCUCAGUUCUACUAUGCGAAGAUGCACGUAAAGCAUCUGCAUGGUCAACCUGAGCGCGGGUACUCGCAGUACUUCACUGAUGAAGAAGGUAACUUUCUCACAGUGCCAGGAGUGAUUGUGGAAGACGGCAAGGUCUACAAGACCUGGACGGAAGAGCUGGUGAAGUCCGCCUCUCUCACAGCAUACAUGAGUCACUUUGCUAUGCACCCAUUCCAGCGCGAGCUGCGGCUGAAAAGGAGUGGGGAGAAUGAGAUGCAGGCCAAGAUUGAGGCCGUGGGCAAAGUCGGCUAUCGCUGUCUUGUGGAGUCUCCGCAGAAAUCAACGAUCGCUGCAGCUGCCGAGAAUGCCAUGCCGAGCCUGGAGUUCCGCGGCGUGGUCGUGGAGAAUGGCACAGUGCUGCGCCAUUGGAGGAUGGAUCCGAUGGGAGAUCUGGAGCGUGAAGGAAAUAUGGACGCGCAUGAGAUGCAAGUCGCCAUGCUGGAAGCUGGAUUGAUCCCCAAUGUGAUUGACUACUUCGAUGUGGACACAGAUCCUUCAGGAAAGUUCGAGUCUGGCCAACCCUUCCGCGUCCGAAUGUACUCAACCGUGAAGGGUUCAAAGGUUGACACGACGAAGCAGUAUGUUGAGAUUGUCUCCCUGCCUUCCGCCUUCGAGAUUGCAGGGAUGUUCGACUACUUCAACGUGUCAAUGCUGGACGGUGGGUGCGCAUACUCCAGGGAGUUGCAGAAGGAGAGAAACAUCUCCAACACCAGCAACGUGAGCAUGGCAGCGGCAAUGCUUGUCGAAGAGGUCCAGAUGCUGAAUCGGACCAAUCGCUCAUCCACAAGCGCAGACUUCAAGCCGCCGCCGGAGAUCAACCCGUGGUCUGAGUACCCCACCACCGUUGCCUGGAACUUUGAUGAGUUGAAGAAGCGAGCUUCCGCUGGUCAGCUGAAAAAUGGUGCUUUAGCGCUGGCAAGGACCAGCAAGUACUGGGACGCGAUCUUUACGCUGCGGGAGAACCAGGUGGAACUUGACAGCCAUCGGUUCUAUGAUCAGUUUGCCGACACCUACAACGUUUCGGACAACAUGACCUUUGAGCCAAACAUGAGCAACUACCCGAGCGGGGGUCGACGGCUGUCCACAGAUGGUCGCCGCUUGUUGGCACGUCGCCUCGGACGUCGCACGCCGAUCGGGGACGAUGGAAGCUAUUUCGUUGAGAUUGACGACGAUGAUCUGAAGCCUCAUCAUCCUGACCACCCAAUGCGUCGUCUCGCUGCACGCCGCUUGGAUGAUGAUGACAACCCUUUCUGGAAGUACAAGGCAUGGGUCACUCCGGAGAAGAUUGAUAUUGAGGUUGAAGUCGGAAAAGCCAAGUUGCAAUUCUUGGUGCAGUACUGCAACUUGUGGAAUCCAACUGUUACCAAUUGGGGUGCUUGCCAGACUGGACGGGCCGGAGCUGGUGACAUUGUGAAGUUGGAAGCAUACUGCAGUGGCCGCCAGAUUAUGUUCCCCUUUCCCAAGGUCCAAAUGGAGCUCGGGGGCCUUUUAGUCUAUGAUGACACAAGUGCCAUGGGCAUCGAUACAGACGUCAACAUGUACAUGAGUCCUGUCGCGGCAAGGGGUAAGGUUCUCCGAAUGGAUGGUUGGAGCUACAAAUUUGCCCGGCCUGGUGAUGGUGGAACGACUUUCUCGCUCAAAUCCGCGGACGGUGGAAUUGGCGUGAUUGGCAGUGAUGCCCGCGUUUGGAUCAGGAACUCUGGGGGGCGCUACAUCCAGGACAACAAAGGGAAUCCUAGAGUAACAAGCAACAACCGGGGUUGGGAGAAGUUCCACGUCCUGGAUGCGGGGGGUGGCAUGGUCUACCUGAGAAGCCACCGUGGUGAAUAUCUUGGCAUCAGGGAGACGAGUCCACAACCGAAUCCAUUGGAAUGUACUGUCACACUCUUUCGCGACAGGCGCUGCAGGGGAGGCACCCAGACUCACAGAUCAACAAAUAGCGUUCUUGGCCAAGAGUGGCGUGGAUGGGGUCGGAGACGAUGGGGCACUUCUGCUGAUGAGUGGAGGUCUGCACGCGCGACCGGCCAUUGCCGGCUUGUGGAGUUUUACGAUGAGGACGAGGAUACGAGCGGCUACGAGGACAACUUGUUUGAGAGCGGCAACUUUGAUUGUGUAGACUUUCCGAAUGACAUUGACGAAGACCUGGGUGGCCUCAAGAUCCAGGCCGUGGGACCCGACCCUCCAGAGUUCGAAGGAGAUCUGGUUCUGUACUCGAGCAAAGACCACAGGACGCAGUGGUACUUGACCAAGACCGACGAAGCCGGCGGCUCCAUCGUUUCAUUCGGAGAUGCUCUCCUCUACGGCGGCCUGACCUUCUCCAAGGAAGUCGAAAUUAUCUGGGGUAUCGGUGCUUCCUGGACAACUGAGAUUGGAGCAGCAGGGGCUUACCACAGCAAGCACGGCGUGUAUUUGGCCGAGGUCUAUGGGAAAACGAUCUUUGAGAUAACGCCUGCUCAGAUCUACCUGCCUCACAGCUGCACCGAACCACCUCGUGAUACUGAAGGUCUGAAGGUCACUGGUGCAUUCACGCGCAUACUGUGGUAG